AUGACGGAGCGUCUGAGCCAUUCGUAUGGCCCUACAUGCGCAUUCUACGAUGCCCAGCCUCGCAAGGACGCGUCCUCGCCUGAGACGGACUCUGUGCCUCCAGUCAAGGCGCAAUUCUUCUAUGUUUCGGCGCUACCGAUUGACGACCCGUUGAGUCCGCUGCCGCCGAUAUCUGACAAGUCCUCCGAGCAUGAACCGCAGCCAUUCUCUGUGCGGGACAAUGCUGCCCUGGAAGAGGCAUGGCAAGGGCUGCGAGCUGGGGAGGACGCUGUGAGGCCGUCAUCACGACAUAUGGAUAAGGGCAUGUUCUCAUUUCCCAGGUUCAGGGAGGGCAGAAGACAUCACAGCCAAACUUCGGCGCGGUCUGGGGAGCGGGGGCAAGAGACGCAGAACGGUCACGCUGUAUCUGCGGAUACCACGCCAGGGAGGAAACCUGCUGAGCCAAGCUCCAGUGCUUCGAAUAAGAGGAAGUCGUCAGGAAGCCCUGCCGUGAACACACCCGAACUUGAAAAUGGCUUAGUCCUCAACUCUCCGGAUGAGGCACGAGGAGGACUCCAGCAGGCCAGCCAAAGCGAUGUGAUGCUUUCCCAGCCAGUCACUGAUGCCAAGGAACAAUCGACGAGGCGUACAAGCUCCCCUUUCCGUCGCGCGACACAGCGGCCUCCUUACGAGCUUUUGUCGCAUGUGCAAGAUGAGCAUUUAUCGAAUGAUAUUAGUGGUCGACCAUUCGCACGGGCACCCUCAGCCAAGAACAUUUCACAGCGUUUGAACAACUUUGAUUCGACCUACGGACAAGCGGCGAGCGAGAGUCCUCCUGAUGAUGCCAAAGACGCCGCAAACGACGACGAAAAAUUACCUCAGCAUGGACCAAUCUACUGGAGUCCAGUCAAUGAUACCUCGAGCGUACUUCGAGCGACAUGGUUCUACAAAGAUACCAUGCUUCCUGUUCCUACGACGCUAGCGAACCGUCUUGAACUCGGCUAUGAGUAUAUCAAACCAUAUUCCGAUUCCUACAAAGACGAGCUACAAGCAUGUAUCGACAACGGCGCAGCUGCUGAAGCUAAGCUCGUGUACAAGCUGUGGACAGAUACUCGCAAGACGAGUAGACCGAGCAGUGCUGCCGAUCAACUUGAAUCGAAGCACGAGGAACCAUCGCCUAUACCAGUCCAUGGAGAGAAUGUAGCCUUGGAGCCCGCCCUGAGCAAGAAAAAGCAACUCUUCCAAACCCACAGUGCUAUCUAUGUCGAUCGGGAGAAUGCCCAAAUCUUGCGCCCGAGCUUGUUACCCUCCACAUCGAAAAAUCGACGACCGUUAAGCUCGAUCCGCAAAGGAAGGCAGAUCGGUGUUGCUGUUGUCCGAGGUUUCGACCGAAAGCUGUGGAUGAAGCUGCAUCCUGACCCGAAAUUGCGAGAGGACACAGCUGCAGCUACAGUUGGUGGCUACAUGGCACAAUCCGGUGAUGCUACAACCAAGGGUCGCCGGAUGUCUUGCGCAGCGUGCGAUGAACGGUACAAGACGCCAGUCGUCAAAGAUCUGGUCCUGGUCAUCCACGGGAUUGGCCAGAAGCUGUCUCAAAGGGUAGAUAGCUACCAUUUCACACAUGCUAUCAACGAUCUUCGGAGAUCGUUCAAUGUCGAGAUAGCCUCACAAGCCACCAAGGGGAAUGUUGAGACCAACACAAGCAUGAUGGUCCUUCCUGUCAACUGGAGACUCACAGUCUCCUUCGACGACAAGGAGGAAGAACGCUCCGAGGAAGAACGAUUCGGUCUGGAGGACAUCACGCCUGAUACGCUUCCGGCAGUUCGAUCUAUCAUAUCCGAUGUCAUGCUGGACAUUCCUUACUACAUGUCCCACCACAAAGAGAAGAUGACAUCUGCGGUCAUUCGUGAGGCAAAUCGAGUAUACAGGCUUUGGUGUCGCAACAAUCCUGGUUUCAGAGAGCAUGGUCGUGUUCACCUCAUUGCUCAUUCGUUGGGCUCAGCAAUGGCAAUGGAUAUACUUAGCCAGCAGCCCACGAAAGUUCCCACAGAUGCUGAUGUUGACGAGGCGACACCAUCACAGGAUAUUUUCGAGUUCAACACCACCAAUCUCUUCUGCUGCGGCUCUCCAGGUGGCUUCUUCCUGCUUUUGAACAAUGCCCAUUUGGUCCCUCGUGCUGGCAUCGAAAAGCCUGGUAUGGAGGCAGAAUCGCACACGCCUGGGAUCAGCUCCGAACAACAGUACGGCUCACUAGCCGUGCAGAACAUCUACAACGUCCUCAACAAGAACGAUCCUGUGUCAUACCUGCUGAAUGCAUCUGUUGAUGCAGCCUACGCUUCCCUGCUUCAGCCGGCGAACAUACCUACAGCCUCACAAAGUCUCUUCGGGCGCCUCGGAUCCUCUCUUCGCUGGUCCAAGAUGGCUGGAGAUCCGUACGCUUCGCAUAACAUCCCCGCGCGGCCGCAGAUUGCACACUUGCCUUCGACCGUGGAGCUUGACACGCACAACUUCACACGUGAGGAGAUAGCAGAGAAGCGGAUGUACUUGCUCAAUGAGAAUGGGCAAAUCGACUUCCACCUGGCGAGCGGCGGCGGACCGCUGGAGAUACAGUACCUUAGUAUGUUGAGUGCCCAUAGCAGCUACUGGGUCAGCAAGGAUUUUGUGAGAUUUCUGGUGCUUGAGAUUGGACGGAAGGCUGGCAAGGAGAACACGCUGCCUGUGCUGAGAGCGGUGAAGAAGCGAGAGUACAAGAGGGGGUCUCUGGCUUGA